GAGCGGAAGAUGACGUCACUGACGUCGGCAGGAGAAGCGGAAGUGGAAAUAAACAACACGCAGCUCUACGAGAAAGAUAUCACGGAGGAUUGGUGUCUGGGUAUUAAAGGAGGCGGCUUUUUCGUCUGAGAAUAAAGCUGCACCAUGGGGAAGAGGUACUACUGUGAUUACUGUGACCGGUCCUUCCAGGACAACAUGCACAACAGGAAAAAGCAUCUGAACGGUGUUCAACAUCACCGGGCAAAAAAAGCCUGGUUCGAUCAUUUCAGAGAGCCUGCUGCUAUUCUGUAUGACGAGCAGGCGAAGAAGCCCUGCAGAAAGUUUCUCCAAAGAGGAAUUUGCGAUUUUGGGCCGAACUGCAGGUUUUCUCACAUGUCUGAAGAGGAUCUGUUUCACUUAAAAAGGCUGGUGGAAGAGGAGAGGCGGCACAAAGAGGGCUCUGAGGACACAUUUAUGCCCGAACGCAGUUUGGAGGAAUGGCUGUCGAGGAGGGAAAAGAAGCAGCCGACUCUCGGUAACAAAAGAGAUCUAAAAACUGCGGAAGACAGUGACGAGGGUCAAACACAAAGUGACAUCCUUCAACAGCUCCUCUCCUUUCCUGACCUUCCACCCUCACUCCUGCCUCCUCCUCCUGGCGGAUGGAAAGUCAAAGUGGACUCUGAGUGGGGUUAAGAGACACUCACAGCUGGGGGCACUUGUGAAGAGACACUCCAGAAAAUCUUAAUUCAGAAGUAAAAGCUUUUCAAAUGCAGAGGGAUUUCAGUUCCCACCAAGAAGCUGUUGCGAUUUCUGAUACUGUGACGCUGCAUGUUCUCACGUUAUCGGUUGCUCUUUCAUUGUUUGGUGUCUAACAGAGUAUCAGACAAUAAGAAGGACCUGAUUCUAAAGGAUUUCAAAAGAAACUCUACUCAGGGUUUACAUAAACUGACAUUUUAACAAUAUCAGGGUAACAAAGUGUUGAAUGCUGCAACGAUCCGCUGUGAUUAGCCUCAAGGUGAGACUCCUGUGAGGAGCUACUGAUUACUGAGCAGAUGGAAAUGAUCUUUUGUUUUAUUUUCACUUGGUCUUGCAUUGCCAGAUGACUUUACUGAUUUAUUUUCUUCAUUUAAUUCCCAACUCAGCCAGUCGAAACUUCCCUUUCACCUCAUAAACAGGACAGAUGACUACCUGAUCAAGCAAACGAUGAAACUCACGAUCAGAUUUUUUUGUUUUAUUGCCAUAAGGUUGUCAUUCUGUUUCAGUGAGAUAGGAAUCUUUCCAUCCACUAAUCAGGCUGCUGAGAAUUAUUUGUAUUUUUUUUUUUUUUUUCAAAUAUCCAAGUAA